ACCUGAAUUUGAUACGAUGGAACAAAUUACCUUAUUUAAUAAAGAGAAGACAUUAGUUUUAGUUGGACGAACUGGAAAUGGUAAAAGUGCAACUGGAAAUAGCAUUCUUGGAAGAAAUGCUUUCAAACUAAGAAUGUGUUCUUCUAAUGAAUCACGUAGUUGUGAAUUACAGAAAAGUGUUACAAAAGAUGGUUCAGUUAUUAAUGUUAUCAAUACUCCAGGACUAUUUGAUGGAAGAGAUUAUGUUGGAAAAGAAACAAUUGAAUGUAUUGACGUUGCCAAAAAUGGAAUUCAUGCAAUUCUUGUGGUGUUUUCUGUUAGAACUCGUUUUUCUGAAGAAGAAGAAGCUACUUUACGUAUUGUGCAAACUUUGUUUGGACAUAAAAUUAUUGACUAUAUGAUUCUAGUUUUCACUGGAGGAGAUGAACUUGAAUAUAAUGAAGAGACACUAGAUGAUUAUUUAGGUCAAGAAUGUCCUCAACCUCUUAAGGAUAUUUUACUCCAAUGUGACAAUCGCAAAGUGCUUUUUGAUAAUAAGACUAAAGAUGAAAAUAAGCAAUUACAACAAGUUCAGCAACUUCUUAAUCUUGUGAACAUGGUCAUAUCAAAGAAUAAUGGACAACCAUAUACAAACAAGACAUUUGUGAGAUCACAGGUAGGAUCAAAAUUGAAACAAGAAACUGCAAAUCUUUUAGAAAAGUUGGAAGAAGAAAGAGUUGAAAGACUUAAGAUUGAAGAAAAAUUGAAGUCAGCACAAACUUUAUUCAAUGAAGAAAUUCAAAAACUCAGAUAUAAUCAUGAGUUAGCAAAUACAAGACCACAUAUACUUCGACAACUUAUAUCAAUUUGUGGCAUUCUCUAAUUUUAGAAUUAUUUUAAUUAUAUAUAUAUAUAUAUAUAUAUAUAUAUAUAUAUUGUAUUAUGUGUGUAUAUAAUGUAUGAUGUGUGUGAU